AUGUCUGCCCCAGCGAACCGUGUCCUAGCAUCGACAUCCGAAGGCGCCGAAUUGACCCCUCAGAAACUACGCACAUGCUACCAGGAUCUCGCUUGGCUCAACGACGAGGUUAUUAACGGCCACUUGGCACUUACCGUCGAUUACUUGCGCGCCAAAGCCAGCAAUCAAGGACGCGGAGCUGUACCCAAAUACUACAACUUCAACAGCUUUUUCUACACCAAGUUACGCGAGGGCGGAUACCAAGCCGUUAGCCGCUGGGCUCGACGCGCGAAGAUUCACGGCGAGGCGCUAUUAUCUGUCCAAACACUAUUCAUUCCGGUGCACCAGAGCUCUCACUGGACGCUCCUUGUCGUGAGCCCGGCCAAUCGCACAAUCGAGUACUUUGACUCGCUUGGUUCACGCGCGUCAAUAUUUGCCAAUAAUGUGAAGGACUGGCUACGCGGCGAAUUAGGCGAAUUGUAUGAUGAAGAUGAAUGGACCGUCCUGCGCACCCAGUCCCCGCAGCAGAAUAACGGGAGCGACUGCGGUGUCUUCCUGCUUACCACUGCCAAGGCCGUAGCCCUGGGCCUGGAGCCUACGGUGUACGGGCCUCGUGAUGUUCCUCUAUUGCGGAGGAAGAUUGUCGCUGAGUUGCUGUGUGGUGGGUUUGAGGGUGAUUUGAAUCCGGUUGGGGGGACGGGAGAGACUCGGCUCUAA